CUGCCGGGUCGGAGCCCAGCACGGCUUUCCGCUUCCCCUACGGCCCGGAAGAGGUGUGUGGGAUCGCCAUGCAGGUCUCCAGCCUCAACGAGGUGAAGAUCUACAGCCUGAGCGCCGGCAGGAGCCUCCCGGAGUGGCUCUCAGACAGGAAGAAAAGAGCACUGCAGAAGAAAGAUGUGGAUAUCCGUAGAAGAAUUGAACUUAUUCAAGACUUUGAAAUGCCCACAAUUAGCACCAAGAUUAAGGUAUCAAGAGAUGGACAGUAUAUUAUGGCAGUUGGAACUUACAAACCAAGGAUCCGCUGUUACGAUACUUAUCAGUUAUCCCAGAAAUUUGAAAGGUGCUUAGAUUCUGAAGUGGUUACAUUUGAGAUUUUAUCAGAUGAUUACUCAAAGAUUGUCUUCUUGCAGUGUGACAGAUACGUGGAGUUCCAUUCACAACAUGGACAUUACUACAGGAUAAGAAUACCAAAAUUUGGUAGAGACUUCUCUUAUCACUAUCCGUCAUGUGACCUGUAUUUUGUGGGAGCAAGUUCUGAAGUAUACAGGCUAAAUCUGGAACAAGGAAGGUUUCUGAACUCCCUGCAAACUGAUGCUGCAGAGAAUAAUGUUUGUGACAUAAAUCCUGUACACUACUUAUUUGCUACAGGGACAGCUGAGGGUAAAGUGGAAUGCUGGGAUCCUAGAACUAGAGAUCGAGUUGGGCUGCUGGAUUGUGCUUUAAGCAGUGUGACAGCAGACACAGAGGUGGAUCGUUUGCCAUCGAUUUCAGCACUGAAAUUUGAUGGAGCUUUGAAUAUGGCUGUUGGAACAUCUACUGGGCAGGUUUUAUUGUAUGACCUUCGGUCUAGUAACCCGCUGCUAGUCAAAGAUCACCAGUAUGGCUUGCCUAUUAAGUCAAUUCAGUUCCAGCAUCAGUUGGAUUUAAUAAUCUCCGCAGAUUCUAGAAUCAUCAAGAUGUGGAACAAAGAUACAGGGAAGAUAUUUACUUCAAUGGAGCCAGAAUAUGAAAUCAAUGAUGUCUGUCUUUAUCCAAAUUCUGGAAUGCUAAUGACUGCCAAUGAAGCCCCUCGAAUGAAUAUCUAUUAUAUCCCAGUUUUGGGACCUGCCCCAAAAUGGUGUUCUUUCUUGGACAACUUGACUGAAGAACUGGAAGAGAACCCAGAGAGCACAGUUUAUGAUGACUACAAAUUUGUAACCAAAAAAGACCUUGAAAAUCUAGGCCUUGCUCAUCUCAUUGGAUCAUCACUCCUCAGAGCGUAUAUGCAUGGCUUUUUCAUGGACAUAAGGCUUUACCAUAAGGCAAAAAUGAUGGCCAACCCCUUUGCUUAUGAAGAAUACAGAAGAGAAAAAAUAAGACAGAAAAUAGAAGAAACGCGUGCACAGAGAGUUCAGCUUAAGAAACUUCCCAAGGUCAAUAAAGAGCUUGCCCUUAAACUGAUCGAAGAAGAAGGAGAGGAACAACAGGCUACUAGAAAAAGGAAACAAAAGAAUCUGCCCAGCCUUCUCAAAGAUGAUCGUUUUAAGGUCAUGUUUGAGAAUCCUGAUUUCCAGGUAGAUGAGCAGAGUGAAGAAUUUAGGCUACUUAACCCACUUGUUUCUAAGAUAACUGAGAAAAGAAAGAAGAAACUGAAGCUCUUACAGGAACUGGAAGAGAGAGAACAGGAAGAGGAGGAAGAACCAGAAGGAAAACCAAGUGAUGCAGAAAGUUCUGAGAGUUCAGAUGAUGAAAAAGGUUGGGUUGAAGAGGUCAGGAAACAGCGCAAGCUUCUACGCCAAGAGGAAAAAGUAAAGCGACAGGAAAGGCUCAAGGAGGAUCAGCAAACAUUACUAAAACCUCAGUUUUUCGAGAUUAAAGAAGGAGAGGAAUUCAGAAGUUUCAAAGACUCUGCCAAAAAACAAAAGUUAAUGAAGAAAACUCUUGGAGAUCGUUUGAAGCUUGAAGAAAAACUUGGCACACUGAAUGUAUCUGAUACGACAGUGGGCAGCAAACAAGCUACGUUCAAAUUAAAGAAGUCCGAGCACCAGAAGAAACAGCAGGAGGCUGAGAAACAGCAUCGUCAGGAGAGGAAAGCACUCAGGCGCCCUGCUAGUCACCUCAAGAGUAAACGUGGAAGAGGACAACAGUUUCAUUGAUUUAUGUUAUCUUUUUAAGAAACUUUUUUAUUUUUCAUUUGAAAAAAGGGCUUUGUGGUACUGAUGUAUUUGUAUUUUGUUUCACUGAUGAACAGAAACCAGAACUUGCUGAACUCUGGGUUAGUUAAUGAAAAGUUUAUGAAAGUGUAAGUAUUGUCCAAGGGACCUGGUGUGUACGGUAUGUUAUAAACUUCAGAGCGAACUGUAUUUGAGGAGAAAUCACCAACAAGUGGUUAUUGUGUAACCCUGUAUGUUUUCUAUACAAGAAUUUAUGUAUACAAUGAGGCUGACUGUCUUUAAUUUAAGAGAAAUAUGAUUUUGCUUUCUGAAGUCUUUAUUUAUGACUUUUUAGAUACACAGUCGGGGGGAAAUUAUUUUGUUUAAAAACUUUGCUUUACAAGAACACAACAGUUUUUUAUGCUGCUUCUUGUAUGACAUAACAACUGUGUUUUACAGAAACUGGCUUUGUCUUUUAUGUUCGGGGUUGCCUGUAUGUCCAAGAGAAGGUAAAUGUACACGCUCAUGUACAAAGGAGAAUUUGAGAAGGACAACAGAGUUAAAUUCUGUGGCCAGUGCAUUUAAUCAGAAAUGUUUUGGUAAGCAAGCUGUUAUUCAGGGUAGUUCAAAUAGCGUAUAUUUACAUGCAAAGCGUAUUAAGGCCACACAAGUAACCUCCAGUCCUACAAAGUUAGUUUAGGUAACCAAGUUAAGAAACUAGGACAUAUGUUAAGAAUAUAUUUUGUAUGUCUUAUUUUUGAUUACCAACAGAAUGCUUGUUGCUAAGCAGGGCAGAGCAUUUCUUCUUGAUGUUUUUUUAUUAUUAUUUUUUUAAUCUAGAAAACCCUUCAUUCCUAUAUGUCAUUCACCAUUUCAGUACAUAAGUUUACUUUUACCUUUGGUCUCAGGAGAGCUUUGUUUAUAAACAGUUUUUAAGAUAGCCUUUUCACUAUAUCCAAGGAACUGUGAACUUUGGAUCCAGCAAAAAUCAAGGAAUCUACCUAUGACUGGAAAUCACGUUGACACUUGGAAGUAGUUAAGAGUUAUGCUUUAUAAACUGGAAAGAUUGUUGAUACAUUUAGAUCUUCUGGACAGUAUUUAUUGUACUCUUGAACCAAAAAGCUGCUUUUAAAACCCGAUGCUUUUCUGAGUCAAGCUUGAUUGUCUUUUAGAUGUAGGAUAAUUGAUGGUGGAUUUGGACUUUUCGUCUCUCUGUUUUAACUGUACCUACUUUCAUUUCUUGCUUCUGGUUUUAAUUGUAUUGUUUCGUUUAGUUUAAAAAUGUAUAGGUACAGUGAGGCUAACUAGAGAUAGAAAUGUGAAUAAUGGAUGCCAGCCAUUCUGGAGGGUAAUCCUAGAAAACUGGUGGCCUCAGAUAGUAUUGGAGUUGACUCAAGCGUUCGAAUGUUCAUGGAUGGCACGGAUGGUUCAACAAACAGGACCCAAGGCAAUGGCUGCAAGUUGUACCAGAAGAGGUUUAGACUAGGCAUACGAAGGAACUUUUUCUCUCAGAGAGUGGUCAGGCACUGGAAUGGCUGCCCAGGGAGGUAGUGGAGUCACCAUCCCUGGCAGUGUUCAAGAGGCUCUGGAUGAGGAGCUAUGAGAUAGAAAUAUGGCAUAUGGCAUGUGUAGUCUGGUACCCAGUUACUUGGCUGUACUCUACCAGAGCAGGCUUUAAGUACAGCCAAUGAAACCCUUGGCAAAGGAAGACGUAGCAGAGCCUGUUCAUGUACUUAGGAAUCUGGCACGAAGCAUGUUCAGAUUCUUGGGAUCGAUAAAAAGCAUUGAUAAAAGACUGAUAGAAGGGCAAGAUUUGAGAGCUUCAACAGAAGCUGACAUACUAAUUCCACAUAACUGCAACUAAUUAACUUCACAAUGCAGCCAAAAUGUCAUCCUCCAGUUGACACAAAACUGGAGGUGAAAGUAUCUACUGUUCUCCUCAACUCUUCUGUUAAUGUCAGAACACUAGAGUGUAGAAUGUAUGUGCAUGUUUUUAUAUGAUCAGUUUAUGUAUAGACCUCCAAGUAGGUAUGAUUUGAAAUUGCUAAUUUCAGGAACAAGUGGUGAGGGGGUAAUGGUGGCCAGCAGAACUCCCUGCUUCACUCUGUCACCAUCUCCUUUCUCUCUGGGUGAUGGGUGAUGUGAAGCACUCUGUGCUGUGUCUCUUGGCCCAGGAGGUUAUGAGGUUAUUUCAGAAGUGACUUGAUUAUCUUGGGGAUGCCACAGCAUCAUAGAACUUGCCUUCCCAGGCCCAAGAUGGUGUGUUGGGUGGUGGCAUGAUUUACCAAACAUGUUUCCAGCCACACGGUAGUUGGUUCUACCAUGGUUAGUAUGUAGUGCUUGCCCUGACAGGUUUGUGGUAUUGGUCCAACAUGGUCGUUCCAUUAGGCCUCACCUUAUCAGAAUCUUUUCCACAGGCUGCUCCAAUUGGAUGUAUUUUACCUCUACAAAUAGGUUCAACUUGCCUUCAGUGCCUUCCUCAUCUUGUCAUGUUGGACUCCAUACAGCAGCUUUCUACUUCUGAUGGUUUCCCACAACAAGACAGGAUCCAGCAGAGAACAAAACAUACAAUUUCUGUCUCUUCUGUUUUCGUAGUAGCUCUGCUUGAGAGCUCAGGGCAUAUUUUCAUUCAAAUAUUCCAUUGUUUUGUGUUUGGUUUUUUUUUUAUGACUCUGCACUUCAGAGAUGAAAUUCAAAAUCAUCACAACCAUGACAGGUAUUUGUCCAUGUCCUCCCACAUACCUUGCCAACCAUCACCAUGCUGCCUUGGGGCAGAUACCUGGUGAUAUUCUUAACUAAUUGCUUAACCCUAGGAAGAGACAGAAACACAUGGAGACCUAGUAAUAGGAGUGCGUUGGUUUCAUCAACAAAAAGAACUCCCCACACCAAAAUCAACAUAGCAACAUGGACAAUGUACACAUACUCCACCCCUCAUCCCAUCACCACGUUACUACUUUGCAUGUUCUUCACAACGAUUACAUCAUAAAUUCUUCACUGUUACAUUCUUGGUCAAUGUCCAGUCUGUGUUUUGCCCAUUACUACUCUAUCAUUUUUAUAUUUAAUACCUUUAUUUGGGAGCACAGAUUUUUCAUAUCAAGAGCUCUCCUCCUUCCCCUUUCCCACUUCCAGUGCUGAGCCAUGGUAUGGAAUAUUUCAUUGCUUGGUUUAGGCCAGCUGCUCUGGCAGUGUCUUCUCACCUCUUGACUACCCUCGGCCUGCUGGCUUUUGGGGUGCUGGAAAGAGCCUUGAUAAUAGGCCAGGGCUGUGCAGCAGCAGCCAAACCAUUGGUGUGAUAUCAACACUAUUCUUGCUACAGCACAGGGCAAUUGUGUGGAGAACAUUAAAUACAAGCCAACCAGACCCAGUUCUGAAGGAGUCAAAGUUUUCAAACUCUUCCAUCUUCCUCUGUGUCAACCUUUUUUUUUCUUUUUUCAGUUUGCAUUAGGUGGGAAAACGAAUAACAGACUCGAGUUCAAGGAAGAAAGACUCAAAGGGCAAACUUCCAAGCUGGUCUGCAAGUAGCAGAACAGCUCGCCUGGGGAGUCUGUGUAGUGACCGCUUGAAGAUUCACAAUGUCAGAUGAAACAUCUGCAGGAACCCAGAGAUAGAGAUGAGCGUGCCUGAGGUAGAGGAAUGGAUAUGUAAACCUGAUAGGACCCUUCAAGCGUGGUGAUAAGAGUUGGUUGUGGUGUGCAGGGAACAGGCAUGCAGCAGUAACGACUGGAGUCAUUUUUCCCUUUUGCUCCAUCCUUCAGCUGAAUUGCUCACUAGUUUUAUCUUUGUAUCUCUUUCAUAAAGAUUAAAUACUUUUUUGGCUUGCA